AUGUAUAGUGAAAGUAAUGAUAAUGAGCAGAAACAUGUCACAAUAGCAAAUUUGAAUAAAACGCUUAAAGAGAAAGAGCUUGCUUCUAUCAUCAAUAGCUCUUUACAAAGAGUGCUGCCCACCAUAGGCUUUAAAUAUAAAAAAGAUGUCGCAAUAUUGUGCCAGAAUUCAUACAGAAAAAUGCAUUCUAAAAUUAGGGUACCGACAACCACUCUACGAAGAAGAAAAUUGAGAGAAAAUGUGAAGAAAGGCCCUCUUGGACCCUCCUCCACGUUAGGCGAAGCUGCUGAAGAAAAGUUGACCAAACAUAUCCUAAAACUUCAAAAAAACGGAUUUUCUCCUACUCGAACCGAUGUGCGAAGUAUGGCUUUCAAAUUGGCCGAACAGCUGGGCAUUAAACAUAAUUUUAAUAAGGAAUCAAGAUUAGCUGGUUUUCCAUGGCUGCAGUUGUUUCUGCAGAGAAACCCAGGGCUGUCAGUAAGAAAAGCAGAAGGGGUCUCCAUUAAUCGAUCCCUGGGUAUGAACAAAAAAGACAUUGAGGCUUACUUUCAAAUGCUAGAAAAUACUCUGAUCGAAAUCGAGAACGAUCUUAUGAAUAAACCUGGACAUAUCUACAAUAUGGAUGAGACGGGCUUACAACUCAAUAAUAGGUCAGGACAUGUUAUUGUUAAGAAAGGAUCUAAGAACAUCGCAAGUAUCAGUUCCGGUGAAAAGGGGGAAACCAUCAAGGUUAUAGCCUGUUGUAACGCGAAAGGCGUUUUUCUUCCCCCAACCUGCGUAAUGAAAGGAAAAAAUAAAAAACAAGAGUUUGAGGAUGGGAUGCCUCCUGGAUCCUUGGUCUACAUGUCUGAAAGAUCGGCCUAUGUCAACAGUGACAUAUUUUUUCAUUGGCUCAAAGAUCAGUUCGUUCCCAGAAAGCCGACAGGGGCAGUUUUUUUACUGCUUGAUGGUCAUGCUUCACACUGCAAUACCGUUGAGAUGCUAGAAUACUGUGUUGAACACAACAUCAUACUGCUUUGCUUACCAAGUCAUACGACGCAAUUUUUACAGCCGCUAGAUAGAUGCUUUUUCAGAUCGCUAAAAUUAAACUACUGUUCAGCUUGCAAUUUAAACAUUAAAAAUAAUCCAAGACGAAAGCUCACUAGAUUACAAUUUGGAAAGUUACUUGCUGAAGGAUGGAACAAGUCUGCAACUGUAAAUAAUGGAACUUCGUCAUUCAAGGCUACGGGAAUUAUGCCAUUCAAUCCUUCUGCUAUUCCAGAUGACGCCUAUUUGACUGAAAUUAACAGCGUACUUGAGGCUCCUCAUGCAGGCAAAAAUAAACAAAUUCCAGAUGAUAGUUCUCAAAGUUUUAACAAAGCCUUAUCGCAUGAUGAUCAACAACCUUGCUGCAGUUGGCAGACUGAAGAUGAUUCUGUACCAGAAAAACAAAAUGAAUCGGUUGUAGAAACUAAUGCAAAUACUCCCGUGAAAAGUACCCCCGGGAAAAUGCUAGAUAUAAUCUCACCCGUUCCAGUUGUUUCCGCUGACGUUAAUUCGGUUCGAAAACGAAGCAAGCAGCUGGCAGAAAUUUUAACUACAGAGACAACAAUUGGCAGAUGCGCUACUAGAGAAGCAUGGAGUCAAGUUUGCUGCGAACUGAGAGAGGAUUUUAAAGAAGUGGAGUCCAAAGAGAAAAAUGAAUCCGGAGCUUUCGCUUAA